UGCCAUUGGCGGACACGAACUGAAACUCGCUGUCACUAAAGUGGACCAAGAUUAUUUAGUUUCUAUAAAGUUUAUAUAUUAAAGACAUAUACGAAUAUAUCAAAUGCUUCAACCGUUUGUGUGUGUGUGUGUGUGUGUGUGUGUGUGUGUAUAACGCUUUGGAUUGACAAUCCAAUUGAUAUUUAAUAAUCUUACAACUGUAUGUUGACAAGUCACGAUUAUUUGAUUGAGUGAUGACGCUUGGAGCAUUUUAGUAAUAGUAAUAUCGGCUUGCGAUACACUCAUAUCAUAGACGGCUAUAAUAAUGCUUUAGCCAUUUUUAAUCUACAAUGACUGUGCAACUGACCGUUUACAGUUUUUACUGCUUUUCCCUCAUUCAUUCACUCAGCAGCAGUAGACGCUCCUCUGAAAAGCUUGAGCUGCUUAAAACUGUGCAAUCACGUUAUUUAAUACCUCGAGAGGCGAUUAUGAAUCAGCAUUGUUUCUUGUGUUUUCUGUCAUAUGACUCCUGUACUGUAUUUGGACUUUAGCACCACCCACGAGUUGCGCAACUGCACGCUUUGUCUUCUGCAGCAAAAACAGAGUUGAAGUGUCGCUUUUCUUCGUGAAAAUGUCUGAGAAAGUUGUGUUGCAUUACUUCAAUGGACGAGGAAAGAUGGAGUCGAUCCGAUGGCUGCUGGCUGCAGCUGGAGUCCAGUUUGAGGAAGUGUUUUUGACCAAAAGAGAGGAGUAUGAAAAGCUGCUCAAAGAUGGAGCCCUGAUGUUCCAGCAGGUGCCUUUGGUGGAAAUCGACGGGAUGCAGCUCGUGCAGUCCAAGGCCAUCCUGAACUACAUCGCUGGAAAAUACAAUCUAUAUGGACAAGACCUUAAAGAACGGGCUAUGAUCGACAUGUAUUCAGAGGGAAUCGGUGAUCUCAUGGACUUGAUUAUAAUGUAUCCUUUCAAACCGCCUGAAAACAAACCGGCACACCUCAAUACUAUAGAGCAGAAGGCCAAAGAUCGCUUUCUUCCUGUGUUUGAAAGGGGUCUUGCGAACUCUCAGUUCCUGGUGGGAAACCAGCUGAGCCGUGCUGACGUUCAUCUUCUCGAGGUCACUCUGAUGCUGCAGGAGCUGCUCCCCACCAUUCUUUCAACCUUUCCCAAAAUCCAGGCGUUUCAAGAUAAAAUGAAGGCCUUGCCAACAAUCAGCAAGUUUCUCCAGCCUGGCAGUGCAAGGAAGCCUCCACCCGAUGAGGUGUAUGUGAAGACCGUGAUGGGGGUCUUGAGCCACCUUUUUAAGUAGGAGGCCCACAGCAAAAAGCAUUAGAUGAUGUCAGUCACUAAUUAACUUGCAAGCUUCCUUUGUGUUACAAGAUUAAAGCCGACACACUUUAACGAACAGGUUUAUUUGGAAUGUUCAAGAUACAAUUGGGUGAUUAAAAAGUGUGAACUGAACAGUA